AGGAGCGGCGGAGGGAGGGAGCUGAGCCUGUUCUCCUCCGGGCCGCGUUGCGGGAAAUCCAGGCGGGAAGGGGCGAGGAGGACGAGGAAGCAGGCGGCGCAGGGAGGGAGUCCCGGAGCCGGCCUCCCCGCCGCGGCGGAGGGCGGACCACGAUGCCCGGCCGGCGAGGGCUGCCCGCCCGCCCUCCCGGAAACCGCCGCCCGUAGCGGGGCCGCCGCGCCGCGGGACAUAAACUUUUGAACAGUGCCUCCCUGAGAAGUGUGAUGAGAAAUGGCUUUAGGAAACAAUACCCAGAGAAGUUAUUCCAUCAUCCCCUGCUUCAUCUUUGUUGAGCUCGUCAUCAUGGCUGGGACUGUUCUGCUCGCCUACUACUUCGAGUACACUGACACUUUUCAGGUGCAUAUCCAAGGUUUCUUCUGUCAGGAUGGCAAUUUGAUGAAACCAUACCCUGGGACAGAGGAAGAGAGCUUCAUUUCACCACUUGUGCUGUACUGUGUGCUGGCUUCAACUCCGACAGUGAUUAUUUUUAUUGGUGAGAUAUCCAUGUAUUUCAUAAAGUCAACCCGAGAAACCCUCAUUAUUCAAGAGAAAACUAUUUUGACUGGAGAGUGCUGUUACCUGAACCCACUACUUCGAAGAAUAAUACGUUUUAUAGGAGUGUUUGCAUUUGGACUUUUUGCCACUGACAUCUUUGUAAAUGCUGGCCAGGUUGUGACUGGGAACUUGGCUCCCUACUUCCUGACUGUGUGCAAACCCAACUACACUGGAAACGACUGUCGGGCCCACCACCAGUUCAUAAACAACGGCAACAUCUGCACAGGGGAUGUGGCGGUGAUUGAAAAGGCCAGAAGAUCCUUUCCAUCCAAACAUGCUGCUUUGAGCAUCUACUCAGCUUUAUAUGCCACGAUGUACAUCACAAGCACUAUUAAAACAAAGAGCAGCAGGCUAGCCAAGCCUGUGCUGUGUCUGGGAACCCUGUGUGCUGCCUUCCUCACUGGGCUAAAUCGAGUGUCUGAGUAUCGAAACCACUGUUCAGACGUGAUCGCAGGCUUCAUCUUGGGGAGUGCUGUAGCCUUGUUUCUGGGGAUAUGUGUUGUCCAUAAUUUUAAGGGCAGUCAUGCAGCUCCUUCUAAACCGAAGCCUGAAGACCCACGAGGAAUGCCACUAAUGGCUUUUCCCAGGGUGGAAAGUCCUCUAGAGACACUGAGUGCACAGAAUCACUCUGCCUCUAUGACAGAAGUAACCUGAGAUGGGAGAUCGGCAGCUGAAGCUAUUUUUUACUACCCUCCAGUAAAAUACUUCAAGACACACAGUUACUAAAUGUCUAACUGUGAUGACUAGUAUUAUGUUAUGUCUAGUUAGAGGCUAAUGUUUUGUACUUUUUUUGUAUGAGGAAGUGAUGUAGCUUGCCCUGAUUUUUUGUCAGCUUUAAUAUUAUUAUGCUAGACUUUAAAAGCAAAACAGAAAAAGAACAAAAAAAACCCCUUUUCUUGUUUCAAGUGUGCACUGAGGAACUACAUCUAUGGAAUUGUUGAUGUUGUUAUGUGAUAUUUGUACACAAUUUUUUUUCUUCUCAGUUUUGAAUUUAUAUAUCUUGGGAGGGAAAAAUUCACUUUUACCUUUUCUUACCGUAAGAAGUUCUAGGUCAGAUUCUCAUCUGAGUAAACUCAGCAUGGAUCUGCAGCAAUUGCAUAUAUUUAAUUAAUAUUAAAACAACAGUGAUCAGGAAUCUAACCUGAAUAAUACUAUCGACAAGAAACAAAAAUCCAUCCUGGAUUCAGUGAGCUACUUAAGUGUUUUCUAGGAGUUAAUGGACUUCAGUUACCACCCAGUUCCCAGACUAGAAGCAUGUUCUUAAGCACCUCACUGAAUCAAAGCCUGAUUGUUCUGGUGUGGGUGGUUGUGCCAGUUAUUGAAGAAUAACUAGAACAACACCCUUGGUCUGCAGUAUAGACAGACAGGAUAUCAAAAUUUAUAGUAGUAGCUGAUAGCAUGUGAGCUGACUAUUAUCAUCUCCCUAGACCCUCAUUCCUCCCCGAGGCCCAGCUAAAGCUCCCAGUGAAAUCUGGCUUCAGGAAUUGACUAUGGGGAUAUACAGCCACCACUGUGGGGCUCCGGCUGCGCUGUAAGUGUUUCAUCAUUUCAUCAUAGAUUUGUGGGGUAACUAGUGACACUGCUGCAAAGGAAAAGUGGCACCACUCCUAAACCAGGGUGGCAUUCCUUGGCAUUCAAAUUGGCAUAGCCAAGAAGCCAGUUUUGCUGCCCAAAAUGUAUUUUUUUUUCCUGAGGGGCUUUGACAAGUCAAAAAAAAAAAAGACUGAAAGAAAAGGAAAGACAGAAGAAGACAAAAGAAAUAAAAGAAAGAAAGAAAGAAAUCUGAGUCUGUAGUAGCAGUCUGCAUUUUUUUUGUAAAUUCUGCCAUACAGAAUUUAUAUCAAAACUGCUAUUUUACAAUUCAAUAACUUUGUCUAAGCAUUAUGAAGACAACUCAGUAUGGGUUGGGGAUGGGAAGAACAACAAAAAUAAUCCCAUUUACAAUAGUUAGAACUAGGGCAAAGGCUUCAUUAAAUGAUUUUUCACUGUUUCUAGGAUUUUCCUGCAUCUCAUUCUUCUAGCAUGGUGAUAACUGCUGUGUGUCUCCUUUAAAGAAUGGAGCCUUUGUACUUUUACUGGAAUGUUUACCUCACAUUUCCAUGUAGGUUCUUCUCAGCUUUUUUUUUUUUUUUUUUUUUGUAUAUUUUUUCCAAAACAGAAGCAAAAAAAAAAAAAUUAUCAAACAAGCAAACACAUGAGCCAGUCUUUCAUUUGCCUAUGACACAAAGAAAAUCUGGAAUGUC